UGGUACUGACCUAAGAUCUGUCAUUUGCCGCACUUCCUUUCAUUUCUCGUGUUUUGUAAACUUGAAGCCGCUUCCUCGUGUCGGCGGUUUUGUCAAGGUCUCAACAUGACGCUGAGGGUUUUACAUCGCAGGUUCUUAUACACUAACGUCGGCGUCUUACAGAGAUGCGUCCAGACUCACGCCGUCAGACUGGCGCACACUUUAUGGAACGAAACUGGACUGAAACACAAAGCGUUACCGCUGAGAGUUGACUGCUGCCUGGUGAAUGCUCAUCAGUGGCCCACCUGCAGAACAACCCAUUGUCUGAGUCAGCACACCUCCAGAACCUUCUCCUCACUGUCCGCAGGACCCUCGUCAGGGCGUGGGCCAAAAAAGUCUGGGCCAGUGACGUGGAAAUCUUUAGCAAUAACAUUUGCUUUUGGAGGCGUUGCGCUUGGAGUGAUGAAAUAUUUCAAGAAAGAAAAGGAAGAAAUGAUUGAAAGAGAGAGGAACAAAUCGUUGGGUAAACCAGCGCUUGGCGGUCCAUUCUCGCUCGUCGAUCACAACAACAAGCCCACUAAGAGCGAGGACUUCCUGGGACAAUGGGUCCUAAUCUAUUUUGGGUUUACUCACUGCCCUGACAUCUGCCCUGAUGAAAUAGAGAAAAUGAUUGAAGUAGUGGAUGAAAUAGACCAAAUAAAGCGUCUUCCAAAUCUGACACCUAUCGUCAUCACCAUUGACCCUGAAAGGGACACACCAGAGGCCAUGGCUGCAUAUGUAAAAGAGUUUUCCCCGAAGCUUAUUGGACUGACCGGGACUCCGGCUCAGAUUGAGCCGGUUACCAGAUCCUACAGAGUCUAUUACAGUCAGGGGCCAAAAGAUGAAGACAACGACUACAUUGUUGAUCACACCAUCAUCAUGUACCUUGUGGGACCUGACGGAGAGUUUGUGGACUAUUACGGACAGAACAAGAAAAAUGUGGAAAUCGUCGGCUCAAUAGCAUCACAUAUGAGAAAGUACAGGGAACAGAAGAAAGCAGCAGCUUGAGCAUCGCUCUGUCCUAAAUGGUCAGCGCUUUUAGUGUACAGCUACAGUGGCUGCACUAACAUUCAUUUUGAUGUGUGACGUGCAAAACCCAGCAGAUCUGCUGUAUGAUGUUGGUGUGUUCUUUCUCCAUUACUGUCACUAAUGGAGUUUCCACUUAUUUGGCUCAAUGUAUCUGGUUUCGGAUGUUUACAAUAGAGAAAUACCCCAGAUCAAAUGUAAAGGAACGUUUGCAAUAAAAGCCAAAAUCCAACUGUU